AUGAACCUCAACUACACGUCUCCCGGCGCGCAGAUGCCCACACAGAGGUCAACGUCCUUCUUCAUCGAAGACAUUUUGCUCCACAAGCCUAAACCUUUGCGGGAUGUGUUUCCAUCCCCUUUCUCCAACUCGCUCGCAUCCCGGAUGCCUCUGCUCGAAUACGGAUACCCACUGAUGCCCACCCCGAUCCUCGCCUCCCAUCCGCACCAUCCGCUGCACAAACCAGAGCAUCACCCCUACUUCUUCACCUCGGGCAUGCAGAUGCCAUCGUUGUUCCAGCAUCACCCCGAGCUCCCAGGAAAACACUGCCGGCGCCGGAAAGCGCGCACCGUGUUCUCAGACUCGCAGCUCUCCGGACUGGAAAAGCGCUUUGAAAUGCAGCGGUAUCUCUCAACCCCGGAGCGCGUGGAGCUGGCGACAGCACUCAGCCUCUCAGAAACACAGGUGAAAACCUGGUUUCAGAACCGAAGGAUGAAGCAUAAAAAGCAGUUAAGGAAAACACAGGAGGACCAGAAGAUCCCAGGAGACUCGGACAGAUCUCUGGAGAACUCAAGCGCAAACGAGCUGCAUGACAAAAGCGCAGGAGACCCGAAAGAUGGCAUGAGUCCGGAUAGAUACACGGUGGACGAAAACGAAGACGAGGUCGAUAUUGAGGACGACAUCUGCUCCCCUGAACAUUUACUAUAA